AUGAUCCCUCCCGACUCCGACGAUUCGCCAUUGAGAGCCUCUGGUGCUAGCCUCGGCUUGGGCCAGGAGGAUUCGGCGGCGUUUCCAGAUGAUUUCGAUACGCAAAGUCAUACAAGCUCCCACGACCGCGGUAGCACACACACCGGCGACCCCGCAAAUGGCCCCGACAACGGCGGGCAAGAUGGCCAUCACCACACAAACCACAACGAUGCCAGUGAAGCCCCAGAUUCGGCAAACGCCGAUAAUGAAAAUGACGACAAGCCGGCCUGGAGUGAAAUGAAGACCAAGGCUGGGAAAGAAAGGAAGCGGCUUCCGCUAGCCUGCAUCGCCUGUCGCCGAAAGAAAAUCCGAUGCUCGGGCGAGAAGCCCGCUUGCAAGCACUGUACUCGCUCGAGAAUACCUUGCGUAUAUAAAGUAACCACGAGGAAAGCGGCGCCGCGGACGGAUUAUAUGGCCAUGCUGGACAAGCGACUCAAGAGAAUGGAAGAUCGCGUGAUCAAGACGAUCCCUAAAGAUGAGACCAGGGAUAUGGCUUCGAUUGGCAGGUCGGUUGUCAAGCCCCCCAGCCAAUCACUGCCCUCCAAGGCUCAGAAGAAACGAAGUGCGGAGGAAGCUUUCGCUACGGAGAUGGAGGAUUGGGCUCGAGGGGACCGCCGUCCACCCCAUGAGACAUUCCCAAUGAGUCGCGAAGUUAAAUUAAGUGAUGGCACGGGACUUUUAACUGAAGGCGCAGAGUUCUUGCCCUCUCUGGAGAUACAGGAGCACCUGGCCGAGGUCUUCUUUGAUUGCGUUUAUGGGCAGUCGUACCUCGUUUUACAUAAACCAAGCUUCAUGCGCCGCCUCAAGGCUGGUACGAUUCCCCCGGUCCUUAUUCUCGCUGUCUGCGCCGUAUCAACACGAUUUUCAACUCAUCCACAGCUCAGCUCGGAUCCUCCGUUCUUGCGCGGAGAGAACUGGGCCAACCCCGCCGCCGCCAUCGCGCUAAGUCGACAUGAUGAGCCCAAUAUUACUAUCCUCACAGUUUUUCUACUCCUUGGACUUCAUGAGUUUGGAACGUGUCACGGUGGAAGAAGCUGGUCCUUUGGAGGGCAGGCAUUGAGGAUGGCAUACGCCUUGCAGCUUCACCAAGAGCUCGAACGUGAUCCUUUAAUGGGUCAAAAUAAUAGCAACUCCCAGUUGAGCUUCACAGACCGCGAAAUCCGACGGCGAACUAUGUGGGCCUGUUAUUUGAUGGAUCGCUACAACUCCUCCGGAAGCCAGCGCCCACCCAUUGGAAAUGAGAAGUUUCUUAAUAUUCAACUUCCCAUUAAGGAGACGCAUUUCCAAAUGGAGAUCCCAGGACCUACGGAAGACCUGGGUGGGGCGAUACCUAAUCCUGCACCUGGAAAUUCCGGUCAACUUUCCAAUGCCAAGGAGAACAUGGGAGUAUCAGCAUACAUCAUUCGCGCCAUCGUCAUUUGGGGUCGUAUUGUCGACUACUUGAAUCUCGGAGGGAAACGAAAGGAUCCUCAUCCCCUCUGGCACCCGGAGUCGGAAUACACGCGUCUGAAGUGGCAGGUUGAUGAUUUCUCUACCUCGCUACCAAGCUCUCUUGCGUUCAACUACGAAAAUCUCCAGAUUCACGCCGCGGAGAAAAUUGCAAAUCAAUUCCUGUUUCUUCACAUCAUCAUCCAUCAGAAUAUGCUAUUCCUGAACCAGUUCGCCAUUCCCCUUUCGCCUGGAGGGCGACCUCCUCGGGAUAUGCCCAAGGCGUUCCUCAGCAACGCUGGUCGAGCAGCGGUGGAGGCUGCGCAUAAUAUCUCCGUGCUCUUUGACCGUGCCUCUGCCUAUCCUCUCACAGUACCGUUUGCUGGUUACUGUGCCUACACGGCCAGUACGGUUCAUAUCUGGGGUAUCUUCUCCAAGAACGUGCAGUUGGAGGCUCGAUCAAAGGAGAAUCUCCGCCAUACCUACCGCUACCUCAACAAGAUGAAGAAGUACUGGGGCAUGUUCCAUUACAUGGUGGAGAGCGCCAAAGACCGGUACCGGCAGUUCGCUGAUGCAGCUAUCAAGGGAACUGUGGCGAGCCAGAAUGGCAUCUCACUGGCACCGAUGUUCCAGUACGGUGAUUGGUUUGACAAGUAUCCCCACGGCGUGUCGAGACUACACUGGGAAGACCCAGACACCCGGCACAAGGAGACGGGCGAUGAUGCCGUCAUGGGGCAGAAGCCCGAUCUCCAAAGUGUCGAGGACUUUUUCGCCAGUCUAUCCCCAACACCACAGCCAGUCGUACCUCGCAGGUCACGCUCGCGCAAAAACAGCAAACUACCCGGCGGCACUCCCAAAAUGGACCAAACCUCCCCGACACAAAUGGACGUGACAAUGGGAAACACCCCAGGCGUACCGGGCAGCGCAUUCCCUCAACCCUCAAUGAUCUCCCAGAACCGCUCCGUGCCCUUCGGCCAACCCCCCUUCGACUUCAGUAUUCCCCCAGACCAAUUACCCCAGCUCGACCGACAAUUUGUCUACGGUUCAUUUAACGACUUUGAUCCCACUUCCUUCGACCCCAACGAUCCUUCCAUGCCACCCGUCAACGAUAUCGAGCAGAGUUCCGACCAGUCCCUUUUCACUGGUCAAUUGGAUCCAGGUGCCCCGGCUGGAAUGGGCGAGUUCUACCAGCCUAGCGCGUGGUUCUUACCUUUCAACCUAGACCCAGUCGGCGGAGUCAACCCACCUCUAGGCCCUGAUUCAGGCGCUCAACCACCCGCAGGCCCAACGUCAGCUUCCGUUCCGGGUGCAGGCACCGAUAUUUCCGGCUUUGGCGGGGCAGGAAACAUGUCGUUGAGUGCUUAUGACCUGGGUCUCGGCGGUGAUAUGGGCCAGAACUCGCGAUAG